GGUGAUCCCAGUGCUCCCAGUGCUCCCAGUGCCCCUCCCAGCACCGCAGCUCCCCUCCUCCCAGUCUGCGGGGACAGCGGGGCUCGGCGGGACGUCCCGUCGCUGGGGGGGCCAUGCCGGGUGCCGGGGUGCUCCCCAGCCCCGCCGAAGCUCUGCCGGGCAGACCCCAGGGGCUGCGGGUGACAGCCACCCACGCCGUCACCGGGAACCCCACGGUCCCACCGUUCCCAGCCGAGAUGCAGAUGGCCAUUUUCGGCAUGGGGUGCUUCUGGGGAGCGGAGCAGCUCUUCUGGAGGACGCCGGGGGUCUUCUCCACCCAGGUGGGCUAUGGAGGCUUCACCCCCAACCCCACCUACGAAGAAGUGCGCACAGGGCUGACGGGGCAUGCGGAGGUGGUGAGGGUCGUCUUCGACCCCCGGAAGAUCAGCUACGAGGAGCUUCUCAAACUCUUCUGGGAGAACCACGACCCCACGCAAGGCAUGCGGCAGCAGGAGGACCUGGGCACCCAGUACCGCUCCGUCAUCUACACGCUGGGCCCCCACCAGCAGGCGGCUGCCCUCCGCAGCAGGGCACUGUACCAGCAGGAGCUGAGGGAGCGGCGGCAGGGGGACAUCACCACUGCCAUCGAGCCUGCCGGUGACUUCUACUACGCCGAGGACCGUCACCAGCAGUACCUGCACAAGGUGCCCGGGACCUCCUGUGGCCUGAAGGGCACCGGUGUCACCUGCCCCGUCACGCCCUGAGGGGCCACCUCCUGUCCCCUGCCUUGUCCCCACGUCCCCGGCACCGCAGGCAGGGCGGGCACAGCAGCCAGCCCCACACCUCCCGGCCAGCCCCACACCUCCCGGUUCCCACACUCUCCAUUGCCCCAGCAGGAUUAAACCUCUAUGUCCCC